UGCUCUUGUAAGCACGCUAAUUCUCGAAUUCCAUUGCAUUUCCCUCUAUUUAUUUGAAGAUAGCGCACUCACAUUUCUCAAAAACAUGUUCCGCGCACUGUUCACACGCCCCUUUGCAGCGCCAGCACAGUUUCUGCAGCGCACGUACGUGACGAAACGGCAGCUUGAAAUCACCAAGCAGGUAGCGAUCAACCCGCGCAACUCGAUUCCGGAGCCGGUGAUCAGCACCGAGGACCGUGCACGCCUGCGUGCUGAUCCGCUCCUUUCGCAGCUGGUGAACACAAUCAUGCGCGACGGCAAGAAGCUGCGUGCUGAGCGGUUUGUGCAGGAAGCGAUGCUUGAUAUCCGUGCACACACGAACUCCGAUCCGUACAAGGUGGUGCAGGAUGCGGUUGAGCUGGCAGCACCGGUUAUGGACACGAAGAGCGGACGGCAGGGGUCCAAGGUGAUUCAGAUUCCGCGGCCGCUGAACCUGCGGCAGCGGAGGCGGCGUGCAAUCGUGUGGAUUCUGGACUCGGUCAAGAAGAGAAACGAGCGCAAGUUCCACAUGCGGCUGUCGGGCGAGCUGCAGGCGAUUAUCAACGGCACGUCAGGCGUGCUUGAGAAGAAGCUGCAGUUGCACAAGAUGGUGCUGGCUAACCGGUCGAACAUCAAGACAUCGAAGCGCUUCUAGUUGAGCAGGGGUUAUAUCAUCUAUCACUUUAAAAAGAACGGGAAACAUAGUCCUCGUAGAUAUUACAAUACAGCCAAGUGCUU